AUACCUAUUUAUUAUAAAUAAAUAAUAGGCGCAUAAUUAUUUAAGUCAAUUUCCUUUUCAUAUUAAUAUAACACCGAUUAAUGUCCAUUUACAUUAAUCGAUGUCCACAUACAUUUAUAUACAACCGAGUUAUAUUGUUUUAACAUGAAUUUGCAAAUGGAUUUUACAAAUUUCCAGUGUAAUAAAAAAAGAACGAUUUAUUAUACUAAUUACUAAUGUCAUAAUAUUUUACUCCUGAACAACCUAAACAAUCGCUUUCGCACGUACAUUUGUGCCCGUUUAAAUUGUAGUUGAAAACGCAUCUGCACCCCGAAACCGGCGCCCGCGUGUCUAUGCUGCCGUUUAGGAUACCCCAUCAGCCGAAAUUCAAACCAGACGUUAACUGGGAGCCAGUCAUGAUCACGAUACCGUGGUGGGCGGAUGACAAGUACAACGUUGGCGUGGAGACGGUCAGACCCAUCAACGUCCGAGUGACUAAUCCGCUCAUUAAACGGACUGCGACGAUAAGGAUAUGUUUGGAGGACACCGUUCGCCGGAUAAUGGAACGUUAUUCGGUGUACAAUUCAAAAAUAUGGACCUACAAAGUGAAGUAUUUAGGCAAAACAUUGAAAACAAACUUGAACUUGUCACAAAAUGGCGUUACUCUGAAAUACGAAGACUCCGUUGAAGACUUUGUGCCAACGUUGAUGUUACACUAUCAAGAGAGAUUAGCCCCGUGGCAAGACGAGACACUGCGAUUAUUCUAAACACAAUGAUGCCUCUAUAAAUAUACGUCAUCUAUUGUGUAACUGUAAUAUAAUAGCAAUCAUGAGCGCAGUAAAUUGAAUUCUGUAAAUCCUAGUGCGCUACAUCAUUACGAUAAUAAAAUAGAGUAGUCUUUAUUUUUAUCUGAGUAAAUUUUUUAAAAAGUCAAGGACUUUUACUUUAUAUUAUAUUCUUUAAAUGCCUCAUAAAACGUUGAAUCAAUCUGAUGAUGAAAAAUUGUGACGUUCUCAUACCUUAAUGUAUUAUAAAAAUAAAAUUUUCGAGAAAAAAAUCGAUUGAAUCGGUAAUACAGUAUGUUAAUGGCGAAUGUUAUUUAUUUAACUGAGAAUAUAGGUGCAACUACCUCUAUAUAAUACCAUUGAUUAUAACAUUUUUAAUCAAUUAAUAUUAUACUACCACAGAAUAUAUGAAAUAUAUUAAUUAAUAUAUAAUAUAAUAUAUAAAUAUAUAGUUUCAUAUAUUCUGUGAUACUACACUAGGUAUGGUAUUUAUAACCAAUGAUAAUACUUACAAUGCUUCGUAAACGAUUAUACAAUUAUAUUAUAGGAAAUUAUUACAGUUCGUAGAGAAUAAUGUUUCGAUAGGACAACUGAAAAUUGCUGACAAUAAUAUCAAUGUUACUCUAAUUGUCCUCUCGGACAGUUUCUACGAGAUAGAAAAUAAAUUAUGUGAUAUCACGCAGGUAAAGGUUCACGGUUCACCACAACAAUGUUUAUCGUCAUAUCCAUAGACCAUAGAGUAAUAUUACUCUAUAGGCGUGUUUUGGCGGAGUAAACUGUUUAGUGAAGAAGUUUAUGGUUAUAAAAGGUGAUUAGAAUACGUUACUGUUUCACCAAAACAUAAUACCGUAAACACGUUUAUUGAACUUUAUGUGAUUUGUUUGGAUAGUGAUAACAAAUAUGUGAUGAUAUGGAUAAAUGAUAACGGCAUCAUAGUAAACUCUGUUACCGAGUCUUAAUUGACGGUUAGUAAAAUCACUAAACUUGUUUAGAAAAUCAAUAACCGUGUUACAGAAACCGUACUCGCGAAAACGAUAUCAGUAAACAGUUUACUGAUGGUUACUCCGCCAAAACACGCCUUAUAUAUCCUAAAAUCUUGUUUCUGCAGCUGGGCGUGGGGCAUAAAAAACAUAUCGAACAGUGUUACCAAUUACGCUCAACACUCGAACCCCGGUGAGACGAUGGCGGAGAGAAAUUACAUACCUACCUAAGUGUGUAUAUUAAUUAAUAUAUUAUUUCCUUGGACAUGUUUCGUUUUUGUCUGAUUUGUAUAAAAAUUCACCCGUGGAUUCCCUAGCACUAAUUAUCGCGAGCACUUCAGUUACGAGCGUCUUCAGAGUGCAAGUAUCAGUAGCGCAACAACCAUGGUUGUGCACGAGCUGGUUAUUAAAUAGCAACUUUAAUUUUGCAUGCACGCGACGGAGACACACGCAAGUGACAAGUAUAUAUUAUUAUAUAGGUAUGCAUUACGUAUAUGCAUAAAUGAAAAGCUUGCUUCGCUAAGCAUAAUAAUAAUAAUAAUAAUAAUACAAUGUGCUUGUAGGGGAUCCUAAAUCUCAUUCAAAAUAAUACUGAUGUUGCUAAAAUCAUUGAGCGAUAUAUAUGAAGAUACAAAAAAAAAACAUCCUAUAAACAACAGCAAAACGUUUUCAACGGAAAAACUUUUAAAUUUCAAAAUUAUUCAAAAAUGUGGUUUUUGUCACGUAUUUAAAAAAACUGCCCUGGAAGCAUAUUCAAUAAAGUGGUUCGGGUCGUUUAAAAAUAAUAUUAGUUGGUAUAUUAUUAUUUUUCACGGGAAUGGCAUGGUAUUACUUAAAUCACACAAAUACACAAUAAUAAUAAUAACAAUAGCAAUACUGACUUACAUAAUUUGACAUAAAUAAAUAGCUGCUAUAGAACGUACUAAAAACAAAACUGAUGUUUUCAUCAAUACUGUUACGACUAAAAAUACAUUAUAAAUUAUAAUGAAUAAUGGAAUCGGUAUUAUUUUGUGUACGUUUGUAGUCGGAAGCAAUACACACUAAUUAUUUUAUACAUCGACGCAAACAUGAUUAAUUUAUGAUAAUAAUAUUAGUAUAAUAGUAUUGUACUGAAAUAGGCACAUAAUAUUUUAACCCACAUUUCCUUUAUGCAGCCGACAAAAGAAAAUAUUAUACAGGGUGUAUUUUAUGUCAUUGUACGUGGGGUUUUUUAACGAUUAUGGAAUGAUGACAUGGAAUUUCGCUAAAACGAAAAAAGACGUGUUUCUUUAUUUUUGACAGGCAAUUUUUUUGUAACAAUUUCAAAAUUUUUUUCAUCAAAGUUACUUUUCUUACAAUAUCAUACAUUUGGAUUGGUUAAGCCCUCUACAUAGAGGACUUGAAGCAAAAAAUAUUUGACGAGUGACGUAAAUUAACAAGUGAUAAUUUUCAAAAUAUUCGUCAGAAAUUUGAAGACCGAUUAUAGGUAUUACUGCCAAGAAGUAAAUGGAAUGCAUUUUGAACAUUUAAUUUGAAUUUUUUUUUUUUUUUUUUUUAAUAAACACUAAAUUUACAAAAAUAUUUGUUUUUAAUUUAUUAGAGUUCCAACGUUAAUUAAUCAUAUUUGAAAUGAAUAAUAUUUACAUGCAUAGUCAACAACCAUAGGUAUAGCACUUGUUCUUCAAUCUGAGUUAGUUAGACCAAUUACACAAUGUUAUCUCCAAUAUAUUGUUAUUAUAAUAAUCAAUUACAAAUAACCAUUAUUAUUUAUUACCUUAGC